CACACUCUCACAAACCAUAUCAAGUUUAACCCAAACCCCAACUCACACUGUCACACAAACCCCUCACUUUCUCAUUUCCUAUCUCUCUUCCACCGUCGCACACAGCGGCGCCACCGUAAUCCACCGAUUACCUUAUCCGUUUGAUAAUGGCGUCAUCAACCACCACCGAUGGUCCCGUAUUGAAUCUCAUCAACAAACGCCUUCGUGCACUACGGAAAAAGCUUAACAGAAUCACGUCAAUGGAGGAAUCCGUUGCACAAGGGAAACCACUCAACAAGGAGCAAGAAGAAGUUCUUCGUUCCAAAUCCUCCGUUCUUGCCCUAAUUGACGAAUUCGAGAAACUUCGUCAACCGCUUUCUUCAGCCCUAGCUGAAGAACUUGACCUAGCAACUCAAAACAAUCGAGAAACCCUACCGGAGAAUUCCGAACGGCGGAGCGAUGAUGUUGUUGAGGAUAUUCUGAAUUUGCUUUAUUUUGGUUCGCUUUUUGAAGUGAAAACGCAGAAUGAUUUUCAUUCAACUAUGCUUACGAGAACACAUGAACGUGGUUGUUGCUUGACUUAUGAUUAUGUUACUGAUGAUGCAACGGAUCUGCUUGGUGAGAAGGAUUUGGACUCGAUCUCUGCUUUGUUUGGGUUGUUGAUUUCCAGACCUGCUGAUUCCAGUUUUUCGCAUAAGAAUGCUUUGAGGAGAUGCAUUGAACAUGCUAAGUUGUGGGUUUCUAAGGCUCAACAGCCUAUUGACCCCAAUGUUGAUGUUACAUAUGCUGGUUUGAGGGAGAAGUUGAAUAAGAUUAUGUCUUCCGAGUAUUUUACGACGACUCCUGAGAUGAAGGCUACUGUUGAAGUUGCUGCAGCUGCUGGAAAUUAUGGCGCUUUUCAGGUGCCGGCGCAUGGUUCUGUGGUUUCUGUUGAAGUGGAAGGUUCUGAUUCUCAGCCUGAGGAGAAGGAUGAAGGAACUGCAAAUUUUCAAGGGCAAGGAUCUGGAGAAGAUCGGUCUGAUCCUGAAGGAGAAUUUCAGAAGGAUGAAGUAGAAGUAGAAAAUGCAGCUGAGGUUGUACCAGUCCAACACGAGCAGAACAAUCCUCAGGUGGAUACGGAAUACAGUCAACCAGAUGGAGGAGAGGGAAAGGAGCAACAGUUUCACCCCAGGAGGGGGGGUUAUCAGAAUCAAAGAGGUGGACGUGGUGGAGGCGGUAGGAGGGGUUAUUCAAAUGGUCGUGGAGGCCGUGGUGGUGGAGGAGGCAGAGGGUUCCCAAAUGGUGGCCGCAACCAAUACUAUGACCAGCCUGGAAAUUAUUAUCCAAGGAACUAUAACAACAGAGGAAGAGGCGGCAGAGGUGGUGGCUACUACAGCAACCAUGGUGCAGGUGGUCAAGUUAAUCAUGUUGCAGGUGAUGUUGGGGUGCAAUCUUGAUAUAUUAUGACUUGUUCAUAGUGUUUGUUACUAUAAUUGGGUGGAGGUGAACCUUUUUAUUCGUCUGGCAUGAAACAUGUUUUGAACAAUUUUGUUUAAACUUCCGACAUCCAGACUCCGCCAUUUUGUAGUCCAGUAGCUAGUUGACCUUUGUCCCAAAUCUUACAGCAUCAUGUUCAGGAAUGAAUGUUUUUCUUAGACUUUC